AUGGUCAGAAAGCGUGCCAGCCGGCAGCUAGGAGGCUUUGCUGCUGCCAUCCUAGCAUGGAUCCUUUGUAGUGUCUCUGUAGGCCUCCCUCAUUGGCGAGUGUGGUGUUUUCAAGAGCCCAUGGAUUCCAAGCCCAGCAUCACUUUAGUGGGGAUGUGGAAAACCUGCGUUCAACACCAGGAAAGUAAUUCAACCAUUUCUACAGUGUGUUACCCAUAUACCUAUGAGGACACCUUCAUUCCUUUGGAUAUUCGAGUUGCUCAACACCUGUUACUUGUCUCCAGCUUUCUCGGCAUGGUUGCGACAGUCUCAGUCUUUGCUGUUCUUUGGAAAUUGUUCUCAGGGAAACUCCCGAAGAAAGCCACCCACAAUCCAUUCGUCUUUCCAGGGCUUCUGAACAUCAUUGCUGGCAGCUUUAUCUUCCUUUCUGCAUUGUACAACUAUUUAUCCAUCAUUCGCAAGGCUGGGAUUGCCUUCCCCCCAUAUUUCCGCACACCGUCCUUCCCAGAUACCCAGAAAGUUGGCAGUGCAUUGGUAAUGGCAACUUUUUCUUCCUUCUUAUUUCUAGUGGGUGGAACAAUUUCCCUUUCUUUUACUCUUUCCCGGCGUUCCCAUAUACAUUCUAACAUUUAA